AUGGAUUUUGAAUUAUGUUCGGACGAUGAUGAUUUUCAGAAGGAAAAAAAGGAACAUUUAGAUAUUUCUUACUUUGAGAAAUACCUAAUGGAUUCUGAUAAUAAAGAAAAUUUUGACAAAAGCUAUGAUACUUAUUUUAAGACUGUUAAUAAGGAUUUCAUAUAUACACGUCAUCAUAUUUUUCAUGCUCAUAACGAGGAUAAUGUGAAGAAAAUUUUAUCAUAUUAUGAACCAAAUGUCUAUAUAGAAGAGUUCAAUAAGAAAAUAGCACGUGCUUACAAUUUUAAAUAUGUGUUGCUUGAGAAUAAUAAGAUGCGCCAAGAGGAUAAAUAUUUGGAGUGUUUGUUAAAGAUGGAAAAUAAUAUGAGAAAUCGUAAAUUGAAACUUAGUCAUGACAAGGAUGUAGAAAAGGUUAUGAACAAAAGGAACUUUAGAGAAUACGAAAAUUGUGAAAAACGUGAUUUGGAAAAAGAAAAUUUAAAGAAAAGAAAAAGAAUUGAUUUUAUAAUAAAAUAUUUUAUAAAUGCAGCAAAAGAAAUAAACAACAUAAAUAUAACUUCUGGGAAUUCAUUUUUUAGUUAUGAUCAUUUAUGUUUUUUAGAAAGAAAUUUUUUGCUUGAAAAAAUAGAAGAUAUGAAUGAACUUACACAAAAUAGUACACUUAUGAAUAAAUUGAUUAAUGCAACUGAAAGAUCGAAAAUAUUUAAAAAGCCUAUGGAAAAUAACGAAAAAAAUGAGAAAUAUUCACAGGAAAAUUAUCCACAUAAAUUAUAUACGUACAAGUUGGAUCCAAAUUUUGUAUUUUUAAAACCUCAUAAUAUUGAUUCCUUUUUUCUCUUAGAUUUAAAAAAUAUUUAUGGUGGAAAACAAAUUAGGGGGAAGGAAAAAUAUGGUUACUUAUAUCUAAUCAAAUAUUUAAGUAAUGUUGAUGAAUAUUUCUAUAUAAAAGAAAAAAAGGGGAAUGAAAAAAAUGAUUUCCCUUAUGAUCAAAGAAAGAAAAUAUUUGAAAAGUUGGAAGAUGUAGAUUAUAACUCUGUAAGAGAGAAAAUGGGUGAAAAAUAUUUUCUUCCAUUACCAAAGGAGGAUAUGGAAAAAAAUAUUAAAGAGUUGCGCAUUUUGAAAUUUUUAUUGUUGAAAAUAUUUAGAAAAAGGUGUAAAGCAAAACAUUGUGAUAGGACAUUCUCAUUUCCAUUAAAAAUUGUUAUUACGGGGAAAAUAAAGAGAGAAACUGUACUUUUAGCUAGACACUUGAAAAAAAAGUUCACAUUAAAAAUAUACGAUUUUAAUAAGAUAAAAAAGGAAGUUGAACAUAUAUGUAAUAAUAAUAGAUAUAUAUCAAAUGAGAAGAGUGACGAGAAUGUAAAGAACAAAAUAAACAUAAUAAAAAAGUUAAAAGAGAUAAUAAAAAAAGUUGAUGAAAAGAAAGAGGAUAUGUUUCAAGUGGAUUUAUUAUAUUAUCGUAUAAAAUAUGAUGAAGAUAAAUUUUAUAAAGUGAAAAAAAAUAAUGAGAUUAUGAAAAAUGGAAAGAUGAAAAAAUAUUAUGGUUACAUUAUUAUAAACUUUUUUUUUUCAUUAAAAGAGUAUAUAAUGUUUGAAUACAAAGCGAAGAAAUUUUUUCUAUACAACGAAUUUGUACAUAUAGGAGGGUAUAUGAGAAAAGAAAAGAAAAUUCAAUCGAUUGUCUUCUCACCAGAUGAAGUAGAUAAUAUACAAUAUGGAAAUAUUACAAAAAUGAAUACACAACAGAAUAUCAAAAAAAUUGAAGACGAAGAAGAAGAAAAAAAAAAAAAAAACUUGAAUAGAGAAAAAGAUGUUACAAUAACAAAUGAGAAGAAUUCAAUACAAAAGGAUAAUGGAAAUAUUAUAAAGAAAGAUACAAAUAUAUUAAAAGAUAAUAGUAAUGAUAAUAAUAUGAUAUCUUAUGAUGAAUAUAUUAAUUAUAAUAAACAUAUUGAAAAUAAUGUUUUAUUUUUUUCAAAUUUUAUAUGUCCAGUAGAUGAUCUAUUUUAUAUGAAAAAAAAUUAUGGAGGUGCUAUAGAUUUUCAUUUUCAUAUAGAAAAAAGUUGGAAACAAAUACAUUCAAUUUUAUUUAAGUGUGUUAAUAAUAACUGUUCAUGUGAUAUGAAAGAAAAAAAAAGAACAGAAAGGAAACUUCAUAAUUAUAUAAACAAUCCUAAAAUAGAUAAAGAAAAGGAAUAUAUAACAGAAAUGAACAAUGAUGAAAAAGAAAAUAUAGAAAAACAAAUAUUGUUAUAUCGGAAAAAAUAUAUAUUUAGAAAAAAGAAUGAUAAUUUGAAAAAUUAUUUCAAAAGGAAAAUUCAUAUUAAAUGUAACAUUAAAAAUACAAAAUAUUUAUAUUAUUCAUAUAAUAAAAAAAAUUCAACAACAUACAAGGAGGAGAUACAAAAUAAAUAUUACAAACUUUAUAAUGAACCAAAUUUAAAUAAUAGUCAAGAAAACAAUAACAAAAAAAACCAUGAUAAUAUGAAAAAAAAAGAAAAAAAAAAUCAUUCGAAUUUUUAUUUUGUAAAUAAAAUAUACCGGUUUGAUAAAAAUUUUAUAGAAAUCGAAAAUUUUUUAAAAAAUUAUAAUAAAAAAAUCGGACGGUUAUAUCAAAGAUAUUAUGUUAUUAAAAAAAAAAAAAAUAUGAAAGAUAUAUAUACAUAUGCAAGUAGAUUAUUAUCAAAAGUUUUUUCUUUUUUAAUUAAAAAGGAAAAAAAAAAAAAUUUCAAUUGUAAGAAAUAUAUGAAGAAUUAUUAUGGUGAUAAAAAAUGUUAUAACAAUCAUUGUAGGAAUAAGUAUGAUCAUGUUAUAAAUAAUGAAAAUAAUAAAAAUGAAAAUAUUUAUGAUGAAAAAUAUUUUAUGAAAAGAAUAAAUAUAGAUGAAACCAUGUCUUUUUAUUUUAAACUUAGAUAUUAUAAUAUAAUAAAAACAUAUAUUACUCAUUUAUUUAAUUUAUUUAUAUGGAAAAUAAAAAUGGAAAAAAAUAUAAAGAAAGGUAUACAAUAUAUAUAUAAAAAUAUUACAAGAUUUAUAGACUUUAUAAAUUCUAUAAAAUAUAUAAAUCAAUUUAUUGAAAUGUAUAAUAAAUAUAAUAAAUUAGAAAUUAAAAAUUAUCAGGUUCAAUUAUUAUUACUUGAAAGGUUAAAUAAAAUGCAACAAAUUAUAUGGUCAGAAAUCAUAGAACAAAGAAAUCAUAACAUUCAUCAUAAUAAAGAUAUUCUAUAUAUAUAUAAAUGGAUAUAUAUACAAAUAUAUUUAAUAAUAUAUCAUGAGUUUUAUUUAAUAAAUAUAGAACAUCAAUUAUAUAUUGAUAUGGAUUCUUUUGUUAACGAAUUAUUAUAUUCCAUAAUACACAUUAAUAUAACAACAAAUACAUUAAAAAAUGAUAAAAAAAAAAAAACAAAUAUAGAUUCUAUAUUUACAUAUAUACCAAAAAAUCAAAAAGAAUUAUUUACAUAUGAUCAUCAUCAAAAUUAUUUUGAUUUUCCAUUCUUUCAUAUAAUAUUACUAAAUAUGAAUAAGUUCAUUAUACCAAUAAUAUCAAAUCAUGUUAUAGAAUAUAAUAAUAUAACACACAAAAAUAAAAAUGAUGAUACUAUAGAAAAUCUCAUAUUUUCAAAAAAAGAAGCAUAUAUUCAUUCAUGGGUAAAAGAAUUUCGUUCUAUAAAUAAUUAUAGAUUCUUUUAUAAAAUGAAAUAUCUUCUUAAUAAUUUACUAAUAAUAUUAAGAACAUAUUUUUUCAUAUUCCAAGAAUUAAACAUUUAUAUUUACAACUUUGUAACAUUACAUUAUUUCUGUGUAUAUAAAAAAAUUAAUUAUAUAUUUGAAAAGUUGAAAAAAUAUGUUCAAGCACAUCGGCAUAUCCCCUUUUAUUUUACAAUCACUCUUAGUACAAAAAGAAAAAGGAAAAAAAAAAGGAAAAAAAAAAGGAAAAAAAAGAGGAAAACAAAAGGAAAAAUAAUGAAUGUGGACAAGAUAAACUAUGACGAGAAAGAAUUAUAUAUAACACAAAAUAAAUAUGAUAUGAAUAGCACAAUGGAUAAUAAAAUUAUUAAAAAAAUACAUAUAUUUAAUAUAAGAAAAAUCUUGAACCAUAUUUUAAGUUACAUAUAUAUUUCACAAUAUUUUCUAGUCAUAUCAAAGGAAGAUUUACAAAAUGUUAUGAUAAGUAGUUUAUAUUUUAUAAAAGAUAGAAAGAAAAAAAUGGAUUCUUUUAUAUUUCUUAGGGAUAUUUUAAAUUCAUAUGUAAAUAUAUAUGGUGUAAAUAAAAGUCUGUUCAUAUUACAAGCAGGUUUAAUGUAUCAUGUAUAUAAUUAUGAUGAUAAGAUGAAGAAUUCUAAAGAACAAGAUGAGUACAUUUUCCUUUUGCACUUUUUCUUUUUCCUCAUUUUUUAUUUUUAUUCAAAACCUAAAAAAAAGCAUCUCAAAAAGAUUUUUUUUAGAUACUUACAUAUUAUCCAAAGAAAAAUGAAUGAUCAAGGAAUAGACGAACGUAAAAAAAUCGAAAUAAUCAAAAAACAAUUUUCUUUCUUAUAUUUUAACGAAGAAACUAAUAAAUGUAAUGAAAAACAAUUAUGUGAUUAUUUUUAUGUCGAAGUAAAUCACCAAAACAAUUUAGAAAGAAAAAAUUCAGAACAGGAUGGUUUGUUGAAGGGGGAAUGUACUUCAAUGUCUAAGGAAUUAACGAAUUUAGAAAAUAUAAAAGAUAUACAAAGUAUUCAAAGUAUUCAAAAUAUUCAAAGUAUUCAAAAUAUUCAAAGUAUUCAAAGUAUUCAAAAUAUUGAAAGUAUGGGUGGUAUGGAAAAUAUAAAAAAUAUAAAAAAUAUAACACAUUUAACAUAUAACGAAUUUAUAUCUUUGGGAUUAUUUAAUUUUAUAAAACAAAAGAAGAGGAAGAAAGAAAAGAAAAGAAAACAAAAACACAUAGAAUAUUAUAUAAAAAAGGAAAAUGAGAACUAUGAAAUUCGUUUGUUGAAUAAAUUUUUAUUUAAAAGUUUUUUGAUGUUUUCCUUAUUUCCUAAUUUUAAUGAGAAUAUUUGUAUAUACAUGAAGAAUUAUUUAUUUAAAUUUAUUGGUGAUGAUCUUUCAUCAUUAAAAAUAUGUGUAGAGGAAAAAAUACAAAAAAUGGACAAAAAUGUUAGUACUUUAAAGGUAAAUUCCGAAGAAAAUUUUGUAAAAGAAGAUGAUGAGAAAAAUGUGGGUGCAUUAAAUAAUAAAGGAGUAGAAAUAUUUCAAACGAAGAAGAUAAGAGUAAUGGAUAUAUUUUUAUUUCUUCUUAUGGAUUAUAAUUAUAAUUUUUAA